UUGCAUGUAGUUAUCUUUUGGUUUUCAGAGGAUGAACUCAAUCAAAAUGAUGAAACGAAAGGAGAAGAAGACAAAAAUCCACCUACUUCACCAAGUUCAAAGACUCUACAUGAUUUCCCUCAUCACAUUGUAGACGAUGUGUUGGAAGAGAACGAAGAUGAAGGGGGAGAAGAGACUAAGGCAAAAUCAGGGAUGGCAGGGCCUUCCGAGACAACUCAGAUGUCAUCAAACGUUGGAACAGAACAGGACAGUACUCCAUCGCCAACAACCAACGCCAAUGAGUCCACAACCAAAAGGAAAACGGUAACUUAG